UGAUUAAUUUUCUUAAUUAUCUUUGUUAACUAUUUCGUUUUGAUUAAAUUGUUGUGUUAAUUUUUGUUUCUCUUUUAUCGAUUGAUUCAAAUUGUUACCAUUAGUUUAAGAGGAAUGGAGAAUAAGUUUGAAGGAAAGUUGAUUAGAUUGUAUGUUCAUUAGUUGGUUAACUUUUCCAUCUAAAUCUUAAUCAAGUUAAUUGUUUUUUUCUUCUUUUGUUUUCUUUUUUUUUAAGUGAUCAAUUAAUUUAUUUUUUUCUUUCUCUUUGUUGAUUGACAUUAUCUUUUCUGUCAUCAUUCAUCAUCACCUUUAUCAUCACGUAAACAUUAACUACGUCAGAAUAUAAAAUAGUUGACAAGAAAAGAGAGAGAGAGAGAAAUGGGAGAGAUUGAGAGAGUUAGUUAAUCAUUGGGGAAAAAAACUAACAAUCAAUUUUGAUCAAAGGUCUUCAACCAACAAGUUGAUCAAUUACUAUCUCAAUUAAAUUUCUAAUUCAUCUGUUUGAUUGUUUAAAAAAAAAGAGAGAGAAUUCAAUCUAACUAAUCCAAUGGAAUUUCAAAGUGAUUCUAUUUCAGUUUCUUCUUCAACUGGACUUGAUGAUUACAACGAUUCCUUAAUUAAGGUUAAUUUCCUCGAUGGAUCAAGUGAAAAUUUCCAUGUUGCCUGGUUAAGAGACUCCUGCCGAUGUUCACAGUGUGUUAGUUCAUUGACCAAGGAUAAGAAAUUAAACCCAGCAGAUAUCGAUUUGAAACAAUUAAAGCCAACAGAAAUUACCAAUGAUGGUGUUACCUUGAAAAUCAAUUGGAUUGAUGAUUUAUCCUCUUCUAAUUAUCACCAAUCAUGUUACAAUUUAUCUUGGCUACAACUAUUUAAAGGAAAAUUUGACGGUUUAUCUGAUUAUCCUGCCGAUGGUAUUUAUGGACCUGAGAAGAUAAUUCAUACAAUUGCAUGGAAUGUUGAAACAAUUAAGCCAAUUUGUGAGGUUCGAUUCUCUUAUGAUCAAUUGAUGACAGAUGAAUCAACUCUCAUGAAUGUACUUAAAGGUUUACUCACCUAUGGAAUUGUUUUCAUUUGUGAUGCACCAACUGAAAAGGAGACAAUAUUAACAAUUGCCCGGAGAAUAGCCUAUGAACGGACAACAGGCUAUGGGUCAACAUUUGAUGUUGUCGCUAAUCCAGAUCCAAAUGCUCAUUUCAGUUAUUCAUCGGCUCCACUUGAAUUACACACUGACCUUUGUUAUCGUGAACGUGUACCAGGAAUUCAAUUACUUCAUUGUAUUCAAUCAGCAGUCGAAGGUGGUGAUUCCGUUUUCGCUGAUGGACUUUAUUGUGGUCAACAAUUACAACUAAAUGAACCUCAUCUAUUUGAUAUUCUAACCAAACCAGUAAUAUUUUCUUUCUAUGAUUCUCAACGGAGCAUUUGGUUUCGUCAAAAGUGGCCUAUCAUUGUUACCGAUGAAACAAAUACUAAAACAAUUAAGGAAGUUAAUUUAAGCUAUUUUUCCAUGAGAGCUCCUUUAUUACCUGCUAAUCAGAUGGAUACUUUUUUCACUGCAUUUCGUAAACUCUUUAAUUAUACAAGAUCAUCAUGCAAUAGAUUAACACUUAAAUUGCGAGAAGGUGAAGUGGCCAUUUUCAAUAAUCGAAGGGUUUUCCAUGGACGAGAAGGUUAUCCACAGAAUGAGCAACGAUUCUUACAAGGAUGUUACAUGGAUCUUGAUGAAAUUCAAGGUUUAUACGAGAAAUUAUCAACCAAAUCUAAUCAUUAACUGUGAUUAAAUUAAUUUAACAAAAAAAGAAAGUUACAUUUAUAUAAAAUGAAGUAAAGAACAAUCAAUUUUGUUGUUUUACUUUUGGUUCUGAGAGCAAAAAAAACAACUUCAUUUGUUUACAAUUUUCCAAUAGAGAAAAAAUUUCCUUCCUGAUAAUUUAAUUGAUUCAGUUAUCGAUUUUGUGAUGAUUAAUAAAAUAUAUUUUUCACUUUGA